CAUGCAUCUUUAAGUUAAGGAAUAAAACAUAAAAAAUAAUAAUUUUUGAAUAUGUCAGACCAGCAGAAGCAAUCAUUAUGUCCACGUUUAGUGGAUUAUAUGGCGAUAGUUGGAGCUAGAACAACACCGCCCAUACCGAAGGGUAUGCAAAAUAACAAAACACCACCUGUGCAGAUACCAGAAUUACUACGUCGUUAUCCGCCUUCCGAUCAUGCAGAUUUUCCAUUACCAUUAGAUAUGGUAUAUUUUUGUCAACCUGAAGGUUGUACAAGUGUUGGUCCUAGACGUACAGGCUCAGCCAUACGCGACAUGACAUCUUUUGUAUUUGCACUCACCGAUAAAGAUUCUGGCAAAACACGCUAUGGCAUUUGUGUUAACUUCUAUCGUCCAAUUGAAAAGCAUUCUUCAAGCACAGAGCGCAGUGGCAGUCAUGGUAAUGUGGGUUUAACACAAAGUGCACGUGGUCGACGUAGUUCUGCGUUUCGCCGCGAAUCCUGGCGUAAAAGUAUGGAGCGUAGCUCUGAUUCAGCUUUUAGUAGAAGUAACGUCGCACCAAGUGAUUCAGACCGUGAAAUGACUUCUCGACGUGAUUCAGAUCAAAUGCAUCAUGCUAUGCAUACACCACAAGUACCUAAGUUAGGUUUAAUGGCACCAUCUGCUGAUUCCGAAUCUGGUGGCAGCCAUUCUCCCUCACCUCGCGCUUCACGUAAACGCACAAAACUACGAAAUCAAUCACUUACAUCAUUAUGCAUCAUAUCGCAUCAUCCGUUCUUUACAACAUUUCGCGAGUGUCUUUUUAUAUUGAAAAAAUUGAUUGAUGCUUGCAAUGAGUCAUCAUCACCCAAACGAGUAGGUGCAUCACAAAAAGUAAAUAGAGAUAAUGUUUGGACUGUUUUAACUGGACACGCUAACGAUACUACACCAUCCACAAUAGUUUUGCACGAUGUGCGAGAAAUUGAAACAUGGAUAUUACGUUUGUUGUCUACCCCUGUACCUGUGCCUGGUUCCACAAGAGUUGAGGUUGAAGUACUUUCACCUACAGUACAUGAACCUCUGCUCUUUGCCUUGCCUGAUCACACACGUUUUUCCUUGGUUGAUUUUCCUUUGCAUUUACCACUGGAGUUACUAGGUGUUGAAACUUGUCUGAAGGUGUGGACACUUAUAAUGUUGGAAAAUAAAGUUCUUUUUCAAUCGCGAGACUAUAAUGCGCUCUCCAUGUCAGUAAUGGCAUUCGUUACUAUGCUAUAUCCAUUGGAGUAUAUGUUUCCGGUCAUACCGUUAUUGCCGACAUGUUUGAGCUGCGCAGAACAAUUGUUGCUAGCACCAACACCGUUUGUUAUAGGUGUGCCAGCAACAUUUUUAAUGUACAAAAAGAAUUUCCGUUUACCUGACGACAUUUGGCUAGUUGAUUUAGACUCAACAAAAUUAACACCACCAACAGGUGGAUAUGAAGAAAUUCCACCUUUACCUGAACCGGAGGGUACAAUACUCAAGAAUCAUUUGAAACAAGCAUUAACGUCAAUGUCAGCCUCUAAUCAAGCAAUAUCAACCCAACAACUUUUACCAUCAGUACGUGAUAGUCUGACAGAACCACCAUUAUUGAGUGUAUCUCAAGCUCGAUUGCCAAUGCAAUCUCCUUUGCAAUCAGCAUUUACAAGUCAACGUAACUCUGUUUCAACACAAGGUGCUUUAUCGCGUCAACCAAGUCCGAUGAAUUCGCCUGCUCUGAAUCCUUUUAUAUAUGGCACCGAUGUAGAUUCUGUUGAUGUCGCUACUAGAGUAGCAACUGUUCGUUUCUUUAACUCACAAAAUACUUUGGCUAAUUUUGCUGAGCAUACGCGUACACUACGUUUGUAUCCACGUCCAGUUGUCGCCUUUCAAAUAAACAGUUUCUUACGUUCGCGACCACGUACUUCACAGUUCCUAAAUCAAUUCGCGCGUACACAGGCAGUGGAGUUUCUCGCUGAAUGGUCAUUGACGCCAACGAAUGUUGCUUUCUUGCGUGUGCAAACUGGUGUUAUGGAUCCUAUGCAAGUGGGCGAUAAGCCAAAAUGGUUUGCACAAUCGCUCACACCAAUACGUUUUUCUGUAUGGGAUGAUGGCAGUUCACUUAAUGGAGCAUUACGUUCGCUUAAGCAAUUGGAAUGCCAACCUACUGAUGAAAGUGGUUCAGAUUCUGAAGGUGCGGAGAGUUCCAGCUCAUCGUACUCAUCACUUAGUGACUUUGUUUCUGAAAUGGUUUCAUCAGAUUUAUCACCAAGUAUACAUGAUGUAUUUGGUUCCCAUAAUCGUCCGCACAAUGUACCUCAGACACUGUCAUCUAAUUUAGAUCCGGCGUUAGUUUAUCAUCCACCAAGUAAAUUACAGUACCCAGAAGGUACGAUUGAGCAUGUUAGUUCUAGAGAUGAUGAUGAUCGUGCAGAUUCACCUGUUUCAUCUUCAUCAAGUCGUUCGGAUUUAAGUUCUCCAAGUUUCAAUCGAGAUUCAGAGUUUGAUUUUCCUGCAAAAACUGCUGGCCCCUUUGAGCUAGCGGCACCUGUAGCUAUGCGUUUAGAAGCCACCAUUAAAGCGGCUAGCAUUGAUAAUGAAGCUGAUGGUGUAAAAAGUACUGCACCCCAUAAAUUGCAGAAAAACGAAAAUGAUUUAGAACGUACUGGAUCGGAGAAAAAGAAAAUUCCUACAUCUAUAACACCACCUGUAAAACAGCCAAAUGUAUCUAAUAUAUUAGCACGUACUGGUAGUUCCGGUUCGAGUUCAGGCAGUCCUGGUCGUCAAGGGUCACAAGGUUCACUUUUUGAAAACUUUGCCUCGCACGCAAAAGAACUUGUUCGUGAAACUACACGUCAGAGUAGUCAAGAAGGAUUACUAGCACACAUGGAUAAGCAAUCGGUGGAAGAUAAUAUUACCGAAGACAUUGACGAAAAAGUGCGUCACACAUUUGAAAAGUUUACGCUUCAUGCCAAAAAAGCGGCUGGUGAAGCUUCCAAGCAGGCAUUGGAGGUUUCUAAACAGGCAGCUGGCGUUAGCAAAAAUACUUUCGAUGACUUGACUUAUGUGGGCAAAUCGACAUUGGGAGAUUUGACAAAGACAGCCAAAGAAGCUGCUACCAAGAAAGGAAUAAUUAAAAUUGAUGAGAAUGCGAGUAGUGUAGGUGUUCCUACAACGCAAGUGGCGACACAGAAACAAGUCCAAAAUACAGGCAACACAUUUUUCUCAUCUAUCGGGACCGAUUUCAAUGGCUUAGCAACUUCAACUUCAACAAUGUUUUCUGGAAUGUUCGGUAAAAAAAACCAGCAAAAACAAACCCCACAGCAACAACAACAACAAACCGCUGGAAGUACACAGCAAAAGCAGAAAACGGGUUUAAAUUUUGAUCCUUUUCCGGGUCGUAAGGGAUUAGUUGAGCGCACGCCAUUAAUAAAACAUGCUGGGCCCCGACAAACGCAAGAAGAGUUAGCAAGACAACAGAAUCAAGAACGCUCGCACAGUGAUUCAGAGAAUCAAGCUUUUCUGAAAGAUGUGACAAGUCAAGUAUUGGCAGGUGAAGGUGUUGGUUGGCUUAAAUUAAAUCGUUUUAAAAAAUUAAUGGAGGACGAAUCAUAUCGUACAUUGGUACUUAGUAAACUGAAUAGAACCCUGGAGAAAAAAAUCGCACCUGAUGAUCAUAUAGACGAUGUGUGUAUACCAAAGCCGGUGUGGAAAGGAAUGUUAAAGUGCUUACAAGCAGUUAGUUCUGGCUUAGAAGUUACAUUUUCAAAUUUUGGAUUAGGUGGUAUGGCAUCAGUUUUUCAAAUGAUGGAAAUUGCACACACACAUUUUUGGAGUAAAGAAUUUAACGAAGCAAGCGAUAUGUCUUCUAGUUUACUAUCCAGUCAUGUAACAAGUCCAAUGGGGAGUCGUGAAAAUUUACGUUCACCUGCAAGCCCAAAUGGUUCUCACUCAGGCUUAGGUAGCGAGUGGGCUUCCCAAACAGCUUCACCGCAGGAAUCACGUAAAAGUUCAACACACACAGAUCGAAUGGGUCAUACUACCGCUGCACGUAGAUUGUCUUCCACUGAAAGUCAAGACGGACAGUCAACUACAGAAAUGUUUAAAGAUAUGUUAGCACAAAAGCGCACAGCUUUGCUCAGCAAGUUAACGUCUUUCGAUUCCGAUGGUGCUGGCUCUACGGGUGCUCUCUCCGUGGUCAGUGAUCUCUUGCCAAGCGGUAGCUUGGGCGUACGAAUGCCUGCCAGUUGUCGUUCAACUGUGUCUGAUACUGAAUACGAAAAUACAACCACUUCGAAGGAUUCAAAGCGAAGUUCAGGAAACCUUUGGUCAGGAAAAUCAACACUAAGUGCAGGUUUCCGCUAUACAGGUGGACAUUUAAUAAACACCUCAUCUUCACCAUCACCAGAUAGCCCAAGAGUAUAUGUCUUUGAGGGCUUAUUAGGUAAGGACCGUUCAAAUUUGUGGAACCAAAUGCAAUUUUGGGAAGAUGCGUUUUUGGAUGCCGUAAGUCAAGAACGAGAUAUGAUUGGCAUGGAUCAGGGUCCCAUAGAAAUGAUGGAGCGUUAUAAAGCACUAAGUGAAUCUGAAAGAAAACGUUUAGAACAUGAUGAAGAUCGUUUGUUAUCAACUAUGUUAUACAAUUUGACUGCAAUAUUGGUUAUGCUGAAUGUUAGUAAAGAAGAAAUACGCCGCAAAAUACGUAGACUGCUUGGAAAGAGUCAUAUAGGUUUGGUAUACUCUCAAGAGGUCCACAAUUUGGUAGAUCAAAUCAAUAAUUUGAAUGGGAAUGGAAUUGAUUUGAAACCUCUUGGAUCUAGACUUUUGCAUCGCCAAAGUUUUACCGUACAUCAAGGCGUUGAUGCUACAGGACCUUUACGUUUUAUGGAAGUGCGUGAUGAUGGUUUAGUACUACGCUCAGUGGAUGGAACAAUUGUUGAGCGCUGGUGGUAUGAACGUUUAGUCAACAUGACGUACUCACCAAAAACAAAACUACUUUGCCUGUGGCGUCGAAAUGGCGGACAGACGCAAUUGCAUAAAUAUUACACUAGAAAAUGCAAAGAGCUUUACAACUGCAUAAAAGAAGCUAUGGAACGUGGUGGUACCCCUACUAACGUACCCGAAUUAGGUGGUGAGUUUCCCGUACAAGAUAUGAAUACAGGUGAAGGUGGUCUUUUACAAGUGUGCCUCGAAGGUGUUGGUUUGUUAUUUGCCAAUAGUAAGUUUUUUGUGCGUUUGGAUCACAUACGAAAGUGCUUCACACAGAAAGGUGGCAUUUUCGUUUUGGAGGAAUAUAAUCCAAAAACCAGACAACUUAUACAACGAAAAUAUAAAUCAACAAUGGCCGAUCAGAUUUGCUAUUCGGUACUCUGCGUUUUCUCAUACGUGGCAGCUGGACAGGAUCAAAAGAAAAAUCCUGUCGUGAUAACACCUCAAAUUCAGGAUAUUCACGCGCAACAAAAACAACAGCAUGCUCAGCAGCAGCAGCAGCAACAACAACAUAAACAGCAAUAUCAGCCCACGCAAGCUAGUGGAGGUUCAACGAGUCCACGUUUAGCACCACAGCAAGCAAUUUCGACAACAGGAACCACUACAUCACAGCAACAAAGCAGUAAGCCACAAACAGUUACUAUACGUCAUACAAUACCGAUGCAGAAGCCAACAAUUACGACAUCAACAGUGCAACCGCAAGCUAAGCUUACACAUACCAUAAGUACUACAUCAACACCAACGCAACUUACAAGUGCAGCGCAUCAGCCGCACUGGCAACAACAGCAACAGCAACAGCAAUAUCAACCGCACAGUGGCACACAUGCACCUCUAUCAGCUCGUACAAGUGGCGGUAGCACAGAAAAGAACUUGCCACAGUUGCCACCUCGUUUAUCUUCACAAACAUCAACAGAAAGCCAGUCAACUUCACCUUCUGCUGCUGGUAGCGCUAAAGCACGUGGCCCACCUCCAGGUCCACCACCUGCUAUACCACCCAGAACUGGAAUUAUAGCACGCAGCGGUUCAGUGCAAGUGCAUUCUUCGGCAGGUCUAAGCGAUAAUAGCGCUGCUGGUGCUUUCUCUAGUGCACGUAAUUUCGUACGCCAAAUUUCCACAAAUUCAACUCCACCACAAUACACACCACAACCACCACCCGCAUUUGUCAUACCCAAACGUCGUACUUCCCUCUCACGUGCCUCUACUGUCACCUCAGCUACUAUGUCUGCAGCUUCUAGUGCCUCCUCCUCCUCAACAACUUCCUCUCAUGCACCUGCCUCCUCAAUGAAAUCAACACGUCCUUCCUAUGGUAAUGUUAAUAUGGGUUAUUCCCAACAGCACACCACUACCAGCAGCAGCGCUAGCAGUUCACCACAAACGCAACAGAAACACUGACGAAGGAGUUCCUUUUUCAAAUUUAGCAGCGGCGGUGGUGGAGGUGGUCUUACGGGUGACGAGCCAAUACCGCCUGAAGUUUGCCGAACCAUUUGUAUACCUUGGCUAUGAUAAACUUAAUGUAUCUACAUCUGGCAGCUUAGCAAAAUGCAAGAGAGAGUGAGGGAGAGCUCUGCAUAAAUUAUUUUUUGUGGCAACUUGAAUUUGUUGUGUUGUAAACACGAUUUUUACUGCAAUAUUGCAACUUGAUUCAAAAUUGACUUAUCGUUGUUGUAAUUCUUAUACUAAAAAUAUCAAGUAAACAAAUACGCUUUAAAUGUUAGUAAAUUGUUAGAUAAUAAC